UGAUCAUUCGAUGUUACGUGUGUAGUGACGUUACGACGUCAGAGUCAAAGCGCGACGUGUUGUACGGUACAGUACAGAGCGUCUCGGAUCGCUAAAACCAGGCGGACUGCGGAGGAUUCGUGUCCUUUGAGAACGCACACUAGUGAGCGAUGAGGCAGGUCGUCGGAGCGACAAUCUCGCGAGUUCGCUGCGAAUGAGAGUUCAGUGUAUUCCGUGAACGAGUUAACAUGAUCAGCGGCAUACAGGCCGCCUUGAAGAAUGCCAUUGACGUGAUAGCCCCGCCAGCAACACCUUUGCAGGAUUUCACCUAUCACUGGAAACAAUUGAUGAACUUUUAUGUGAGUCAUCUAACUGACUGCAAAGUUCCUGUGCAAAAUACCAGUAUACCACGCCACUUGGAUGUACUAUCGGAAAUUUUACUCAGAGAAGAAAAGGAGGAGAAUGAGACCGGACCAUGUCUCGAAUACCUUCUGCAACACAAGCUGCUGGAUCUCUUGGCAACUUUGGCCAGUGCAGAAGCGCCACCUGGCAUGCGAAUGCUUUGCCUGACCUUUCUAAGAAAAUUAUUGGGUAGAUCGAAAUAUCCACUGCUACAUCAUGCAUCCAUCUACUCGCCAGUACAGCGAUUAAUCGCACUCUGCAAUGGCAAUCCACCAUCGCCGAUUGAAACCGAAGAAGUACAAUUUUUGCUGACCAUUUGCUUCCUAGUGUGCAAAUACCCGCAUGUCAGCAACAUCAUCAAUGAUGGUCCAAUUAUACAGACGGUUGGCAAUUCGACGAGGAAAGACUGCGAACGACCAGAUAUCCAAAAGGUGACGUACGUGCCAACGAGAAGAAGAAACAAGUUUAACCCCUUGUUCGAACCUUUGGACACUCAAGCGAUCACGUUGGUGAGCCCGAACCUGUUCGAUAAGGAUCAAAGGAAAUUACAUCGCACCGCUGCUUUAUCACUGCAGGAUUCGUCCACAAGAUUGAACGAUUCCGUGUCCUCGAAGGAGGAGAGCGUGUCGUCGAGUCCUUUAAUGCGAAAAUCAGUUUGCAACUCACCGUCGAUAGCGACCAAGGACACGGAACGGUGUGAGGACAAGCAUGAAAAAGAUCUCUUAGGAAAUGAAAUUGACCAGCACUUGCAAAAUUUGAGGGACUUGCGCUUGGAUAACGUUGACGGUAACGUUUACGACGACGCAAGUUACACGACAGAUAACAAUCUGAGCUUCAAGUCAUCGAAAAUACUGGGAAAAUCCAAGUGUCUUCUAUUGGAUGCUCUGAUGAGCUACUUAAACAGCGCGGACAACACUGUAAGAAUACGAGCAUGCGAGGGAAUAAUGGCCCUGGCAUCCCUGGACGACUCCGCGUUCGCGCAGACAAUGGCCAGGAGCGAGCUGUCGUUGAUAGUGUCUCAUCGACUGGAGAAUCUGUUCAACGCGAUCCCAGCGCACGUGGACCACCUGGAGAUUUACAGCGUGGAUGUCACGUGGGGUCUAGACUCGCCAUUAUGGACCAAGGAAAGUAAGUUUUCUGGUUGCCGGCAGGUCGCGGCGUUCUUCAUGUGGUUCGACUAUUGCGACCAGCUGAUCCGAGAGGCCCGAACGGAAGUCGCCGAGAUCCUGGCGCGGAACAUCAGGCUGAUGUUCUUCGACGGGAUAGUGACACCUGCGCUUGCGAAUCAUCACGUCGUACUUAUCACCGCGCUCGUUGCCAAGUGUUUCAAGGAUAUCACCUCCUCCGUAUUAUGCACAGAGGUCAGUUACUGGCUGGUUGGGCAAGACCGAGAGCCGGCGAUGUCGAAUGUAUGGACAUCGUCGGUGUUGCAUCGACUUAUAGAGAACUGUUUUACGGAUAGUAACGACCUCACGGUGGAGACGCUCAAGUUGUUCGAAGAGGCGAUAGACAAGAGAAACGAGCAUAUAUUGCACUGUCUGUUGCUGGUCUACCUGUCUACACGGUCCUAUUACGACAACACCGCUGCCGACAGCGCUAUUACUUCGUGGAGCGACGAGGAGGACGAGAGAGAAAAGGAGAAGAAGGGAUCGUUGGAUCUCUCUUAUGAGCAGAAUCACAGUCGUACGCUAGCGCCGAGUAAUAUCCAUCGAGUCGUCAAUUGUUUUCUGUCGUUGAUGCCACGGUACCUGCAAACAGACUCAGAUGCGAACAACUACGAAAAGUACAUGUCAGCGUGGGAACGCCAAUACACGUCGGUGCUCUCCGAUUGCGCUCUGAUGGCAUGGCCGCUGGAAGCAGUGAUGGUCGACGAUACUGCGAGUUCCGAUUCACGACCGGAAGCUGAUCACUGCUCGGCCACCGCGGAUCGUUUUUACAUGGGACCGUUCCUCAGCAUGUUGUUCGACAAAGUCAGCAACAUGCCCAGACAGACGUACGAGGUCAAUCUGGAGGUUACGGGAUUGCUGUCCAGGCUGGCGCUACUGCCACAUCCAUAUUUGCACGAGUUCCUGUUGAAUCCCUUACUACCCCUGAUACCCGGCACGAAGAGUCUGUUCCUCUGCCUACAGAGGGUCGUCAAGCAGCUCGUCGGCGAGAUACCGAAGACUCAGGAAAGCAAGACGAGGUUGAAAGAGACGAGAGAGAGACUACUGAGUGACUGUUCUCAAGAGGAGAAGGAAGAUAUUUUAUACGAGAGUGCCAUUGUGAUGGAAGAGUUUUGCAAAGAUCUCGCAGCCAUAGCUUAUAUGAAAUAUCACCAUUCUAUCUGAUAAAUUUUUACAUACAAGAAAAACGUGUAAAUUAUAAAAGUUGAUAUAUCGUCGAAGACGCGUACAAUUUUACUCGUCGCUUUAGAUAUGUUUAGAUAAUACACCGUAAUUGUGAUGACUUUGUAAAAUAUUAAAUAUUAUGCAAAUAUACAUGAGAGAGAGAGAGAGAGAGAGGAAGAAAAAGGUACAUGUAUUACGAGAUCUUACGUAAAAAUAAUGUUUUACUCGAAA